AUGUCGAUUGCGACUAUAGGCUCUGGUAUCUCUGUCAGUGUCCAGACAGGUCAUGGCCUUGGGCGAGACAUCCUGCUGUUGACUGAGGAUCAGAUCUUGGCGUAUCAGAAAGCCGAGUAUGCGAACAAGCUGCUCUACAUCGCAACUCUGUGUUUCGCAAAGUUGUCCAUCAUCUCGCUGCUAAAGAUUCUGACCGCAUCAAAACUACAUCGGAUCUUAGGUUUGCUACUCACCGUCUUCAUUGCUUCUUGGAGCAUCCUGUCUGGACUUGUGUCUGCGUUUCAGUGCGGCGCUGAAGAGCCAUGGCGCUUCCUUGAGAGAGGAGGGAGUUGCUUCGACUUGGAGGCCGCCUUUUGGCAGUCCGUGGGCGUCGUGAACAUACUGACGGAUCUGGCACUCAUACUGUUCCCGGUUCACGUAAUCAUGACCCUACAAAUGAGCACGAGCAAGAAAGUUACGAUCCUGACGUUCUUCGGCGCACGAUCACUAGACAUCGCAGCGACUGCCGCCCAAAUGGCGUUCCUCCACGGCUUCGCUUCACCCAACCCGACGAAAGACCUCUGGACAUGGACACUCCUCACCCAGAUCAUUGAGUGCAUCACCAUCCUAACAUCAUGCGUACCCUACCUACGACCGCUCCUGGAGCACGUUCCAUCAGGUCUCUACGGUACCGACACGAUACGACACCGAGCUCUCCAGCAUCGCUUCGAAAGUGGGUAG